CGUCGUUUGACCGCUACCAACCAGUAUUAUAAACCGGUCUCUUAUUUGUCAUAUAAAAGAGUGUCUCUUGUGACGCAUUGCUCUCUGGGUGCGGGUCCUUGGAUUCUCACAAGGAGCCUCACCGCUUUGACUGCCUAUAAAGCGGAGGCACUUUUGGGCAGCCUUGAAAAUCUUAUUACAUUAAUACGUUCCUUGUUCCUUGCCCAUCUCUACGUUUCUUUCGCCUGUUAGCGUUGUUGAGCACUGUAGCGUUCUUGUUACCCUUACUUUAAUUCUCAUCUCCAAACAAGUUCCUUACUUCAUACUCACGACGGCAAUGACACUGGGUGACCAGGAGCUCGACUCAGUCGUACUAAAAUAUAUGAUGCAAGACUUCAGCCAACUUUCAUUGCGCAAGGUGGCCAGUUCAGCAAUGAGCCCUCAAGCAGACAACGAAGCCUCAGGCAGUCCAUCAGCAUCGACAAAGACUCGACCUGUUCUGGAACUAAGGAGGCCCAGUCAGGGAGCCGAAAGUUUAUUCUUUACAGAUUAUGAGAAGUAUGAUUGGCUAGGAUAUGGUAACCGCCACCGUUUGUCGAGGGGCCAAGAGCAAGCUAACACCAAGGACUUGGCGGUUUCUAACGAGAAGCCUUAUAAGUCAUUUUCGCUGUUCGAAGAAGCCAUGCCCGCGACGCCACGUCUCGAUCUUGAUCUCGGUCUCAAUCUCAACAGAGAUGAAAAAUGCUUGCCUCCGGAUAGUAACUACAGCCCGGAGGAUUUGGAUAUCGUCGGCAAAGAAAACAUUGACCCGAACCCUACCUCUAAGGUGGGCAUUCCUACAGGAGAUCAAAAGGCUGUGCCUCGACCUACCGCAAAACGCGCGGUAUUAUCCUCGCCUUUCGAACCUAAUCAGACCAACGCCACUUCAAGAGGCCUAUCUUCUGCCGAAUAUGAACCCACAAAAACAUCUCACGCAUCGGGGGUUCAGUGUUCAGUCCAACGCUCUUCUUCGAAGCUGUUCUCACCCUGGGAGACUUCGACGGAAGCUCCGCAGCAAGCUGUGGGAGCAGCUGAACAAACGCUGAAGCACGGUUUCGCACCUUUACCUCAUGGGCCGUUUUUCGAGUUGGAUCGUAGCGACUAUGGUCCUGGACUAUUGCUGCACUCGAGCGCCCUAGGGGAUCGGCGCCUUGACCUGUUUCCAGAGAGAACCGCUGGAGCCUCUACACGCCAUUUGAAGAUCUCUAACGUCUCACGAGACUUGUCCAUAUGGGCAGCACGCGAUGCACUCAAGAAAUACGGCGAUCUUAAAGGAAUAUUCACAGCGUAUCUGGAGAGAGAUGGCGUUAUCUUUAUCGAUUUCUUUGACAUCCGACACGCAAUGAUUGCCUCCAGAUUACUUUACUCGAACGCGACCUUUAAUUCCUCCGCAAUCAGCGUCCAGUUUGUUUCGAAGGCAGCCAUGGCCCAGGUUUCUCUGGAUGUCGCGAAGAACGACAAUGCGGGCAUUCUGCUUGUAUCUAUGGCAGCCCCGAAGUUGGGCGACAAUGAUCUCUUGCGCCUCCUGGGUUCAUACGGUGAUAUCAAGUCGUUCCAGGCGAAGUUGAACGGAUGGCCUCAGCUUGUUCUCGCGGAGUAUUACGACACCCGACGAGCCGCCGUUGCCAAAGAAAUCCUUGAAACACUUCAUAGAAAGAAGCAGAUCUAUUGCCAGGCGUCUUUCUACCGUGAUGACAAAGCAACAGCAGCAAGUGGUGCACAGUAUUACGAGCAACCUUCGCGCAACCACAGGGACAGUGCAGUAGUCAAUCCACCCUCAUCCCUGGAGAGACUUAUGACGGCCUCAGGAUGGCUUAUGUCCCCCAGCACACAUCAUCAAGCGGACUCUGCUAUUGCAUCCUCUCCCGCAGACCCCACGCUCGCAGAGUUUGUGCCACAGCGUCGCGGAUCGCCACCAUUGUUUCCUCCCUUGUCGGAUCCAGGCCUGCUUCAGCAGCCAGAAUCACCUCGCGGUAGCCCCGGAUGCAGACACUCAGACGAAGUACUCCCGUCAAUCGCCAGCAUUCCGUCACCCCCUUCUGCCAUUGUGGCGCGAGACAAUGUACUAGGACGUGUCUUUACUCCAGAGACUCGACCAAACAGCCCUCGGGCUUUAAGUUAUGCUGGCGCGGCCAUGUUCGGCGCAAAUAUCCAGUCAAUCAGCCUCGCAACCCUUUCUCCCGACGACAAGCGAACCACGUUUAUGAUCCGCAAUAUCCCUAACAAGUACACCCAACCCAUGCUCCUGGAGUGCAUCAAUGAGACCCACUUUGGCAAAUUCGAUUUUUUAUAUCUCAGAAUGGACUUCAGAAACAAAUGCAACGUCGGUUAUGCCUUUAUCAACUUUGUCAACACAGAUGUCGUGGAAUCGUUUAUCAAGGCGCACAUUGGCAAGAAGUGGUAUCGAUUCAAUUCGGACAAAAUCUGCAGCCUGUCUUACGCGACCGUCCAGGGAAGAAAUGCCUUGAUUGAAAAGUUUCGAAACUCUAGUGUUAUGGAAGAGGAUCCGAGCUACCGCCCCAAGAUUUUUUACACGAGCGGAUCAGACAUUGGGCAGGAGGAACCGUUUCCCGGGCCAACUGUGGCGAAGGACAAAGGCCAUACAAUGAUGCGACGUCGAGGUCAGCAUGGACGUCCAAGCGACUAGCGAUCGGAAGACAUUUGAUCCCUUGAAUCAAUUGCGCAGUUCGAACUGACGCUUGGGACGAUGCAAGGCACUUGCUUCUUUA